AUGGAAGCAACGGACACAGAAAACGUUCAGGCAGAUGCUGCGUCCACUGUCUUUUACGAUGAAGAAUUACUCCACAAGACUAUCCUUGUGGGGGACAGUGGUGUGGGAAAGACAUCUCUGCUGGUACAGUUUGAUCAGGGCAAAUUCAUCCCUGGUUCCUUCUCUGCCACUGUGGGCAUCGGCUUCACUAAUAAAACAGUGAUGGUGGAUAAUGUGAAGGUCAAAUUACAGAUCUGGGACACUGCAGGACAAGAGCGCUUUCGUAGUGUCACUCAUGCUUAUUACAGAGACGCUCAGGCUUUGCUCCUCUUGUAUGACAUCACCAGUAGAUCAUCCUUCGACAACAUACGGGCGUGGCUGACUGAGAUCCAUGAAUAUGCACAGAAUGAUGUGGUCAUCCUGUUGCUUGGCAACAAGGCUGAUAUGUGCAGCAGGAGGGCUGUUAAACAGGACGAGGGAGAAAAACUAGCCAGGGAAUAUGGAGUUACCUUCAUGGAGACCAGUGCCAAGACUGGAGUCAACGUUGAUGUGGCGUUUCUAACAGUCUCAAGGGAGCUGAAGAACCGAGCAAUGCAACAGCACUCAGAACCCAGACUCCUUAUUGAACACCCUUCCCACACGCAGACACAGCAGUCCAGCUGCUGUGGUUUCACAUAG